AUGUCUAGAUACGCUACCGCCUAUGCUAAGCCUAAGGGCCCCGGGGAUCUUCGACCUACUGCGCUCCAAAUUGUUGAGGACGAAGGGCUUGUUGAUAAGCUCACGGACAAGGUCGCUCUCGUGACGGGCGCCAACUCCGGCAUUGGUCUUGAGACAGCUCGAGCUCUUCAUGCGGCUGGGACUACACUCUUCAUCACUGCUAGAGACUCGACCAAGGCUCAGAAAGCUAUCGAUGACGUCUUGGGAAGCGAUGGCGGCAAGUCUGGCGCACCUAUUCACGCACUUGAGUUACGCUUGGAUUCUCUCAAGUCCGUGCGCGCGGCUGCUAAGGCUUUCCUCGAGAAGACCAGCAAACUAAAUCUACUUAUUUUGAACGCCGGCAUCAUGUGUACGCCCGAGGGAAAGACCGAAGAUGGCUUCGAGCUUCAGUUCGGCACCAACCACCUGGGCCACUUUCUGCUCUUCCAGCUGUUGAAGCCUGCACUCCUUGCGGGCACAGCGCCUUCUUUCCAUUCUCGCGUGGUUGCCAUCUCUUCAAUUGCGCACAACGACAGCGGCAUUCGGUUUCAUGAUAUCAACUUUGAGAAAGAACCUUACAACCCUUGGAUCGCUUAUGGUCAAUCCAAAACAGCAAACAUCUACUUUGCUAACGAGGUCGAGAGGCGUUAUGGUUCGGAAGGAUUGCACGCCCUUUCCUUACACCCGGGUGUAAUCUUUACCAACCUAACCAAUCACAUGGACACGACAGCUUGGGUUGCAUCGAUGACUGAGGAUGACAAAAACGCGCUCAAGAGCGUGCCUCAGGGAGCGGCUACGACCAUUUAUGCUGCUUUGAGCGAGGAUUGGGAAGGCCGAGGCGGAAAGUAUCUCAACAACUGUGCUGUGGAUCCUCCGAUUCCGGUCGGCAAGAAGUGGCAGGAAGGGGCGUCUGGACAUGCCGCCUGGGCUUAUGAUGAAGAAAGCGCAAGCAAGCUUUGGGACAAGUCGAAUGAGUUGGUGGGAUUUGAGGAGGAGUAA